AUGAUUGUAAGUUUUUUGAUUAGAUAUUUAAAAAAGAACGGCGUGCCAUCUGAAAAAAUUCAGGUGUAUAACAAUGCCACGUUAAGUAUUGAUAUGCAGAAAAUGCGAAGUAUUUAUAUAGAAAAUGACGAUAUAUUUACACCAGUAAAGAUACCGCGGAACAAUAGCUAUAAAACAAAUAUUCCUGCGGCACUGCCUGGUUAUGCAGACUCUUUUAUAACUAUUCUAAGGAAUACAAAGCAGAAAUACAAUGAUAAUAAGGUGCUAUAUAGUGACAAAUACAUAUACAACAACCCAAAUAAGAGAAAAAGCAAUGGCAAAGCACAGCCGAAAUAUAAACUUGAUACUAAGCUGCACCCUAUUCCAAUCACAGACAAACAGAAGCAAAUUAUAAAGGGCAUGAACUGUACCAACCUUAUUCUACCGCUAACUAUACAAAGCAGUGUAUUGGAUGAAUGGUACAUUAAAAAUAUGGUUCAAACCCUGUCUAAUCUCUUUGGAGCCAAGAAGAGAGAGAUCGACAUGUCUAUUCAGAUAAAAGACUUUCACAUAGCAAAUGUAUUAAAUUUCAACAAAAGUCCUGAUGAUAGUGCAAUUGUUAUUUAUAUAAACGAAUUUGUCUGGAACCAUAAUGAAAUUAAUUCGUGCAGUACAGAACCAUCUUCUGAAAAAAGCACAGUGUCAGUUGUUACCUCAUUUAUACUACCAAAUACAAUUGAUCUACAUUAUGAUAUAUCGUCAUAUACUAAGAUGUCUCCGAUACUCGAGUUUGUAUAUACUUGUAUAAACAAUUACACACAAAAAAAUAUUAUUGGCUUCCAUAUACCCGAAUCGGCAAAAAAGAGCAGCUUAGUAGAAAAGGCAGUUAAUGUGAUUAAAUACAUUGGCAAUUCCAGGCCGGUUUCCUUUUUUUCUUUAGGUAGUAUAAAGAGCGCAGGUUGGUGGAUUUGGAGGUAUAUGAAUUUCAACUUCGAUUUAUUUCUGGUAUUACGCGGGGAAAAAUUAUAUGUAGCAAACGACAAAUACACAACUUUUCUAACUUCUUACUACAAUAAGAACUUAUUCAUAGCAAAAUACACAAAAAAAAUAAAACCAGAGUCUGAGUUGGUAAAGAAUGAAGUUCUAAACACUGAUAAGACGGAAGACCAUAAAAGCACAUACAUUGUGAUUUUAAGGAAUAAUGUGCCAAUAGCGUAUUUGGAUGUAAUGAUGAUGAUAACACAAGAGCCGCAUGUUAUUUUUUUCCCACUGUAUAUUAAUAAGACUAUUCUAACUAAAACAUUAAAAGAUUGGCGUAGUUGGAAACCCAGCAAGACAAUUAUAAUAGACCCAGAAAACGAUCUGUGGGCACAUCUAGUGAUAAAUGACAUUAUGGUAGGAUCCUUUAGAAUACCAGCAUGUACUGUUGCAGAAAUAAGCUCAUUUUACACUAAAACUGCAGUGGUUGCUUCAUGCCUGCCAUUUUGUUUUAUUUCAUAUUUAUCCGAUCUGUUAUAUACUAUUAUUGUAUGUCUGAUAGACAGAAAGCUACCUAGUCUUGAUAAGGAAGUAGAAAAGACGGAUGCAUAUAAUAAAGCUGUGCAGGAAAUGCUGUAUAGUAAAAUAAAAGCAGACAUAGCCACAUACGCCUCACCAUCCAAUAAAGAUGAGAAAAAAUCAGAAGAAGUAAAAAUACAACAGAGUAACAAAGGAAGCAUUUAAAACACUACCAAAGCAUCGAAAUAUGAAAUACCCCGAAUAAUUCUGUUAUAAAAAAUCAUAUGGUUUUAUAAUUUUCGCCAUUUUUACUGUUAUUCUAAAAAAUCACAUAGUUAACAGUUGCAUUAGCAGCGAUACCUCGCCAAGA